UGAUACAUGCAUUAGGUUUUAAAGUUUGCUUGGUCACCAAGAAACGACAAAGAGAACCUGUUUCCAACUUUUCCAUUGUUGAUCGUAAAUAGUCUCUCUUUUCUUUAUUGGAUCGUAGCUUUAUGCACCCUCUUCCUCUUAGGUUCUCAAACUUUUCUCUCUUACCGUGGACCUCACCUUUGUAGGAUCACCUUAGAAAAACCUCAUUUUCUUUGGUGGGGGUGAGAGGUUCUACCUUAUUCCUGGUUUCAUCCACAAGACAGCAACAUCUAUGUUGUUUUAGUUUCAGAAUUCGUCAGACUCUCACACCAAAAUUCUGGUACAGCAUGAUUUUUCCAAGAUUUUGUACGAAUCUAAAAGGUAUGGAAUUGGAAACCCUGUACCCUCCUUGUUUUAUGCCAGAUUCAAAUUGGUUCGUGGAAGAGAGCCAAAGCACAGAAUGGAGUAGGGAGGAUAACAAGAAGUUUGAAAGUGCCCUUGCUAUAUAUGACAAGGACACCCCAGAUAGAUGGUUCAAGGUGGCAGCCAUGAUCCCUGGGAAGACUGUGUUGGAUGUGAUCAAGCAAUAUAGGGAACUGGAAGAAGAUGUGAGCGAAAUUGAAGCAGGGCGUGUUCCAAUUCCUGGUUAUCUUGCCUCUUCUUUCACCUUUGAGCUUGUUCACAACCACAACUAUGAUGGAAGCAGAAGAAGACCUGCAGCUGUCAGAGGUUCUGAUCAAGAGAGAAAGAAAGGGGUUCCCUGGACUGAAGAGGAACACAGACGUUUUCUGAUGGGACUUCUCAAGUAUGGUAAAGGGGACUGGAGAAAUAUUUCUCGGAAUUUCGUGGUGACAAAGACUCCCACCCAAGUUGCUAGCCAUGCACAGAAGUACUACAUAAGGCAAAAGGUUUCUGGAGGAAAAGAUAAAAGGAGACCCAGCAUCCAUGAUAUAACCACUGUUAAUCUUACAGAAACUGCUGCAUCGGAUAAGAUAAAGUCUCCGUUCAUGAUUACACCGCAGCAGAAGCUGAAUAGUAUGUCAAAAGUGCAGUUGGACUGGACCAGCCACUGCAAUGAUGGAUCACUCAUGGUUUUCAACCCAAACAGAGACAACUUGUUUGUGUCGUCUUCAUCUGAUAUCAUGGCCCUGAAAAUGCAAGGCCAGGAUCUCUAUGACUGUGCUUUACACGAGGCUUAUGCCAAGGUAAAAGUUCCAGGUUUCGGCAUGGCUCCCAGAGACUUCAAUAAUGAAGCUAUUUUCGGUAUUCAUGCACUGUAGUCACAGACAACCCUGAUGAGAAAAAUUCCACUGCAUUAGAUCAUUGUUCUGUAGGAUUAAUGUAGAUGACCUGAAGCUCGCUACCUACUUAGUUCAUGGUUAUUGAACAUCCUAAAAGAAAAACUGCAAUCUUCUGAAGUUUUCCUCUUUAUCUUUUUAGUCACAGUGAUCGUGUCUAUUUCUUUGGAGACCCAAUCAUAUGAUGUACCAUUCAGGCA